CCUGCAUUACAUGGUGUAAUGGGCCGUUCAUUGUUGUCUUGUUUGCUCGUUGAGGGCGCAAAUGGCAGCCGAUCAAUGGCGCGGGUAGACUUUUUGAGACACGCAUGGCGUUGUAUGUCGGCUUUUGCUAUGCCUUUAGUCUGGUGUGGUCUCGGCGGAGCCAUCUUGGUCGCAUCGGUCCCACGAGACAGGAGAUGUAUACCCAUCCACGAAUGCCCUUGCCCACCCAAACAGGUCGAUUGACUUUUCCGAAUGUUGAUAUGUCGUUAAUCCGUGUUGUGGCUGCAUGCUGUAUCCGUGUGCGUGCCAUAUGUGGGUGCAACAGCACCCUGGUAUUCCCAUAUGGUCUAGCCUCCGCAUACAAAGAUAUGCGGGCAAACUCGGUAUGUAAAUUAGUCGCAGCAGUCGAGUCCCAUCCAUUGGGCUUAGAAGACUUCCCAGUUGGGUGUAAAGAUAUCAGCAAAGUCUAGUCGAGGUCGACAAGCAUCGCCAUGCAUCAUGGCUACAUCUGCACGUCGGUAAGUGAUGCAUGCCAUUAGGCUCGACACACAGAGAGGGCCGGGCGGCCCGGGUAUCGGGAACGGCUUGAGCUGGCGGCGGCCUAAGCUACUGAUUCGGACAGAGGCAGGAAGGUGGAAGAAACAC